GACGUGGCAGAUGCGGCGCAUUCCGCGCCUAUUGAAACCGGCCUCUCCUGCAUCUCCUCCAAGGUUCCAAGAGUUCAUCAGCGGAAGCCAAAGGCUCCACCCACCUUCCCUGCAGACCUGACUGAGUGAGCUUCGAUCGCCGGGGAGAUACUAGCGAUGGACGGCGGCGACAGCAGCCCGGUGAUGACGGACAGCGAGCGGCGGGCGUACCGAUACGGGCACCGGGCGGCGCCCAGGCCGCGGGGCAUGCGCCAGUCCUGGUCCAACGACUCGCUCGCCGGCUACGGCGGCAGGGCCUCCUGCGUGUGCGCGCCCACCACGCACCCGGGCUCCUUCCGCUGCAAGCACCACCGCCACCACGCCUCCAACCUCGGCGCCGCCGCCGCGUCCCCCGCUGCUCCCGACGCCGACGCGAAGCACGACGAGGCCCAGGGAACGGCGCCCGACGCCGAUCAGCAGGCGGACAAGUCGUCGUGAGGCUCUCCUGUGCCGCCGCCGCCGCCGCCGCUUUGCUUUUGUACGUCGUCGUGCGCUCACACGGCGCACCCUGGCGCGCCGACGUCUUCCUUCUGUGUCAUUUUCGAGACUUUGGUGUGGAGGUUUUUCUGUUUUAUUAUCUUUUUUUUCUUUUUAUGCUUGGCAAGAUCUAGAAUAAUGAAGUGCUGCGCUGCCGGCUCAGCAUGACAACAUGACGUGUAAAUAAAAUUUUUCCUUAGUCUUUUUGAAAAGAGACGUGUACAAUAAUUAAAGAGUGUCCAUUUCUCGCAUA